AUGGUCCUCCAAGUGAAAAGCAAUACUGCAAUGUACAACGUCCCCAGAUACGGAGACAUACCCAACAUCUUCUUCGGUACCGCCUCCUUCCCCACUACUAUCAUCGACCAGACAUUAACAGCAGACAUAGCGGACCUACUAGGAACAAGCAAAAGUGGCGAGAAGAACCCAAUUGUCGGAUCCUGGUUUCGUAUUGAGAAAGGACCUGAAUCUACGCCUCCGACAUACUCGUAUGACGAGGUUGGGGUGGUCAUUGAGGGGGAAAUCAAUCUCCGUGAUGAAAUUGGACAGACCGUUACAGUGAGGUCAGGAGAAACAUUCUUCUUUCCGAGGGGCAGUACCAUCACCUUUUCUACGGAUAGUUAUGGGUUGGCGUGGAAGUGUGGGGGUCGUGAGAUGGCGAAGCUUUGA